GAAAAAUACUUUCCAGUUCUUGCUUUUGAAGGAACGAACAGAAGUACUGGAACUACGCAGGUAUUCUUGUGAUUCUUGCUUAUGGACGAAAGAGAAAUGAGGUGGUUGUUUUUUGGAGCGUGUUUAUUGCUUCUUUUGGGUGGUUUGGUGGAUUUAGCAGCCCCAAUGACAGAAGGAGAAGCUUUGCUAUCACUCAAGCAUGGAAUAAUAAUCAGUCCAGACCAAAAGAAUGGCGUGCUGAAGAGUUGGAAAGAAUCAACAGCAGAAAACCCAUGUUUUGCAAACUGGGAGGGCGUCUCGUGCAAUUCCAGAUCAGGCAAAGUUAUCUCCAUCGAAUUAGUAGAAAGAAAUUUGAGUGGCAUUAUUACCCCGUCUUUGUCGUCUCUUCCAUAUUUAUCCUAUCUCAAUCUCUCAUACAACGAUUUCCACGGUUGGCUACCGCAGGAGAUGGGUCAAAUGCAGGCCCUAGAGGUGUUAGAUCUGUCCUUCAAUUCUUUGUCUGGUCCACUACCUUCUACUUUGGCUAACAUGUCAAAGAUCUCCUUUCUCGACUUGUCUGUAAACUCAUUCAGUGGCUGGUUACCGCAGGAGAUGGGUCAAAUGCAGGGUAUAGAGUUGUUAGAUCUGUCCGUUAAUUCUUUGUCUGGCCCACUUCCUUCUACUUUGGGUAGCAUGUCAAAGAUCUCCUAUCUCGACAUGUCUGUAAACUCAUUGAAUGGCUCAAUCCCCAAUUCUCUGGGCUUCUGUAAAUAUCUUAGUACGAUUGAUCUUUCUCUUAAUCAAUUGACAGGCGGACUACCAGCCAGCCUAGGAUUGCUGCAUAGACUGGAGAAUCUAAUUACAGUGGGGAACAAUCUGGGAGGCGUUAUUACACCAGCCUUAGCCAACUGUAGUCAUCUAAGAGUUCUUAUACUUGCAAAUAACACAUAUCUGGGAGGAAGCCUUCCUCAAAAUCUAGGGAAUAUCAGCAAUCUAGAAGAGAUGGGCUUGUCACAGAAUUCAUUCAUAGGGGUCAUUCCAGCGUCCAUAGGCAACUGCAAGUUUCUUUCUAAGCUUGACCUCUCUGUAAAUAGACUGGGCGGGGUUAUCCCUCCCGAAUUAGGCUAUCUAACUAAGCUGCAGCUACUCUAUUUAUUUAGAAACAAUUUGCAUGGGAACAUUCCUGCUUCCCUAGGGAACUGCACUGACCUGCAAACUUUGUCAUUUGCACUAAAUAAUCUGACUGGCAGAAUUCCGCGAGAAACAUUUGGUGUUUCUAUGAAAAACCUGCGAAUAGUCUAUCUGUAUUCUAAUGAUUUAAUUGGAGAAGUGCCUACGACUAUAUUUCAGCUUCCUUCACUGCAAGUGCUUGACCUGUCCAAUAACAGCUUUAUAGGUUCCAUCCCAAAAGAGAUCCAGAGGCUAACCGGGUUGGGCCUACUUCAGCUUGGUAUGAACAAUCUUUCAGGGCCUGUACCUGCUUUCUUGGGAAACUGUUCACACCUAAAAGUUAUAGAGCUUUAUGAAAAUAGAUUUACAGGUCGGAUUCCUGCUCAACUUGGGCAGUUAGCGUCCCUCCAAAGACUGGCAUUGAGCUCAAAUUACCUUGUGGGAAGCAUUCCUGACCAUAUUUACAACGUCACUUCUCUCAGGCUUCUUCGGCUCUCUAAUAACAGGUUCGAAGGGAAAAUGAGUAAGGCCAUCUCCAAUCUGCAUAAUUUGGAUGGUUUGGGUUUGUCUAAUAUGGCUCUUACUGGUAGUAUUCCUGCUGAAAUAGGCAAUCUUAGCAAGCUAGUGACACUGGAUCUGUCCAAAAAUUAUCUCCAAGGUACCAUACCAAAUUGUUUUCGCCAUCUUCUCAGUAUAGGUGAAUUAUAUCUCUCUGAAAACCAGUUAGAAGGGAGCAUACCGUCAGACAUAUCUGAGUCCUCAAACCUGGUUAAGCUAUUUCUCCAUCAAAACAAGCUGAGUGGAAUCAUACCUACUUCUGUAGGCAAGCUUUCUCAGCUCGAAUGGCUGGACCUAUCAAGCAAUUUACUUACGGGAAAGGUUCCACAAAUGCUGGGAAAUAACAUGCGGCUCCUGUACAUAUCUCUGUCAAACAAUAAGCUGGAAGGAGAGAUCCCUGCUCAAAUAGCCAUGCUCACAAGCCUUGCCAUCGCAUUCAAUCUGUCAAACAAUCUGAUCAGCGGUAUCAUACCAGCCGAGAUUGGAAGAAUGGUGAUGGUUCAAGCCAUAGAUCUAUCCCAAAACAGACUUCAAGGGGUCAUUCCAAAAGCUAUAGCAGGUUGUGCUAAUCUUAGGUUACUGGAUCUCUCCGGCAAUAUGUUGACAGGACAAAUUCCUGCCUCCAUGGGCAGCCUUGGAAGCCUAGGCUCUUUGCUAAAUUUGUCCCACAAUUCUCUGCAAGGCUCAAUUCCUGAGGACAUUGGGAAGUUAAAGUUUUUGGUGCGGCUGGAUUUAUCUGACAACAAUCUUUCUGGAGAAAUACCUGCAACGAUGGCAAAUCUCAGUGCCAUGACAUUUCUCAACCUCUCCAAUAACCAAUUGACCGGAGCAGUGCCCAAUUUCUCCCACAUACUCACCAAGCAGUCUUUCCUGGGAAAUAAGAAUCUAUGCGGAACAAUCGUCCAGACAACCUGUCCUGGCACAGAUUCUGCUCAUGGAUUUUCUCGUCUAUUGAUUCCUCUGAUUUUGGCGGGCGCAGCUGUACUUGUAUGCAUAGCUGGCUGCCUGACCUAUUUCUUAUUAAGACGUGGAAGAAAAGCCCGGAUGGGUGUUGAAGGAAACCGUAGGCUUGAUCGGCUGGUGAGGAUUAGUCUCCAAGAAUUACAGAUUGCAACGGGUGGAUUCAUCCAGGAGAAUCUCCUCUACACGAGCUCAACGAGUAAGGUGUGCAAGGGCAUUUUAUAUGAUGGAACAAGAGUUGCAGUAAAGGUUUUGAAUCCUGAGACCCCUGCUUUCGAAAACUUCGAACACGAAUUGCAUAUUCUGGGCAAGGUGAAGCACAGGAAUCUGGUGCGUGUGCUUGGUUACUUCUCCAACACAGAGAUUAAAGCUUUCAUCUUCGAACUCAUGGCCAAUGGAAGCCUCGAGCAUCAGCUAUAUGAAUGCAAUCUUUCUCUGGAAAACCGCAUUGGUAUUGCGAUUGGUAUUGCUAAUUGUCUGGUUUAUCUGCAUAGUGAGUUUGAUGGUAGGCAGUGUAUGGUUCAUUGUGAUCUCAAACCCAGUAACGUUCUUCUUGAUCAAGACAUGGAAGUGCAUAUAUGUGACCUCGGAGCAUCAACCAUUAUCUCCGCUCAGGGAGACAAUUCUCAACCUUCUUGCAUAUUCAUGGGCACCAUAGGCUACGUUGCACCAGAGGUGGCAUACGGAGGGAGGUUAAGCUCAAAGAUAGAUGUUUACAGCUAUGGAAUAGUUUUGAUGGAAAUGUUGAGUGGCAAAAAGCCCACAAGCACUGCAACAGCAAUUCAAGAAUGGGUGCAACAAGCUCUCCUUCAGGGGAAAUUGGAGGAAAUUAUUGAUCACUCGCUCUUGUUGGGUAUGAAUGAGGGUGAUGGUACUUCAACUCAAGAGCAGCAGCUUGAACAUAUACGUUGUCUUCUACAACUAGCUCUUCACUGUACCAAAAGAUUGCCCGAUGAGCGCCCAUCAAUGAAGGAAGUAUUACAUCGCCUGAAUCAUAUUUCAGGAAAUAAUUCUUCAAUAAAUUUAAUGGAGAUAUCGACAUCUAUGCUUUUGAAUGCCGAUAAAGUGGAUGUUGCUUCCUCCUCCUCCACGUCGUACUAGAAAAAGUGAGCUUUUUCCUUAAAAAAAAGGAAAAAAUUAUGUCCUCGUGAUUCAAGUGGGAAGCUGCUGUAUCACUAUAUAUGCUGGUAUAUAUAGUGUUAUUUUGGUACUUGUAAAUGCAAUACCGGCGUGAAAGGGCAUCAUGGUUCCUUUUCUGAAUUCAAUGUGAUCUCGCAUGAUCGUCCCUAUGUUUCUGAAUUUGUUUUUAUUUUUACUUUUAUUGUUUAUUAGGGUUCUUCC